AUGCUUCCCGCAUCUCUUGGAGUGGCCAGAAGGUCUGCAGAGGAGGCGAAGGCGGGCGCAUUUUCAUUGCGUUCGUGGUUUUCCUUGGCUCUGCCAGUGCAUUUAUCCCAGGGGAUGCAGAGAGCAACUAAUGUCACCUAUCAAGCUCACCAUGUCAGCAGGAACAAGAGAGGUCAGGUCGUGGGGACCAGAGGUGGUUUUCGUGGCUGCACAGUUUGGCUGACAGGCUUGUCUGGAGCAGGAAAGACCACAGUGAGCAUGGCUCUGGAGGAGUACUUGGUUUGCCACGGUAUCCCAUGCUACACUUUGGAUGGUGACAACAUCCGUCAAGGCCUCAAUAAAAAUCUUGGCUUUAGUCCUGAAGACAGAGAAGAGAAUGUUCGACGCAUUGCAGAAGUUGCUAAGCUGUUUGCAGAUGCUGGCUUAGUGUGCAUCACAAGUUUUAUAUCCCCUUAUACUCAGGAUCGCAACAAUGCAAGGCAAAUUCAUGAGGGUGCAAGUUUACCGUUUUUUGAAGUAUUUGUUGAUGCUCCUCUGCAUGUUUGUGAACAGAGGGAUGUUAAAGGACUCUACAAAAAAGCACGGGCUGGAGAAAUUAAAGGUUUCACUGGAAUCGAUUCUGAGUAUGAAAAACCAGAGGCUCCAGAAUUGGUGCUGAAAACAGACUCCUGUGAUGUGAACGACUGUGUCCAGCAGGUUGUGGAACUUCUACAGGAACGGGAUAUCGUACCUGUGGAUGCCUCUUACGAAGUAAAAGAACUGUAUGUGCCAGAAAACAAACUCCAUCUGGCAAAAACAGAUGCAGAAACAUUGCCAGCAUUGAAAAUUAAUAAAGUGGAUAUGCAGUGGGUACAGGUUCUGGCAGAAGGUUGGGCAACCCCCCUGAAUGGCUUUAUGAGAGAGAGGGAGUACUUGCAGUGCCUUCAUUUUGAUUGUCUUCUGGAUGGGGGUGUCAUUAACUUGUCAGUACCUAUAGUUCUGCCGGCUACUCAUGAAGACAAAGAGAGGCUGGACGGCUGCACCGCAUUUGCUCUGAUGUAUGAGGGCUGCCGUGUGGCUAUUCUUCGCAACCCAGAGUUUUUUGAGCACAGGAAGGAGGAGCGCUGUGCCAGACAGUGGGGAACAACGUGCAAGAACCAUCCCUACAUCAAGAUGGUUAUGGAACAAGGAGAUUGGCUGAUUGGAGGAGAUCUUCAAGUCUUGGACCGAAUUCGCUGGAAUGAUGGUCUUGAUCAGUAUCGUUUCACUCCUACUGAGCUAAAGCAGAAGUUUAAAGAUAUGAAUGCUGAUGCUGUCUUUGCAUUUCAAUUACGCAACCCAGUGCACAAUGGACAUGCUCUGUUAAUGCAGGAUACCCAUAAACAACUUCUAGAGAGGGGCUAUCGGCGCCCUGUCCUUCUCCUUCACCCUCUUGGGGGUUGGACCAAGGAUGAUGAUGUCCCUUUGAUGUGGCGUAUGAAGCAGCAUGCUGCAGUACUGGAAGAAGGAGUCCUGAAUCCAGAAACAACAGUGGUGGCCAUCUUCCCAUCUCCCAUGAUGUAUGCUGGGCCAACUGAGGUCCAGUGGCAUUGCAGAGCACGGAUGGUUGCAGGAGCCAAUUUUUACAUUGUCGGACGAGACCCCGCUGGCAUGCCUCAUCCCGAAACAGGGAAGGAUCUUUAUGAGCCAACUCAUGGUGCCAAAGUGCUGACAAUGGCUCCUGGGCUCAUCACCUUGGAAAUAGUUCCCUUUCGAGUUGCAGCCUACAACAAGAAAAAGAAGCGUAUGGACUACUAUGACUCUGAACACCAUGAAGACUUUGAAUUUAUCUCAGGAACACGAAUGCGCAAACUUGCCCGAGAAGGCCAGAAACCUCCGGAAGGCUUUAUGGCUCCCAAAGCCUGGACUGUGCUGAUGGAAUACUACAAAUCCUUGGAGAAAGCUUAA